AGCAACAGCUAUCUCGGAUAUGGAGGUUGUGUGUGGUGAUCAGGGGCAUGAGGAAACUGUGGAGGAUGUGGUACACAAAUCUUUGAUGGCUGCUGACCAAGAGGAAUCCAAAACCAAGUCAGAUUUGGGUUCACAACUCGGUCAGAGGGGGCUGGUAGAGGACAGUGAGUUACCUGGUGCUGUCAUAGACCAUGAGGAAAAGCAGGAAGCCACAAAACAACAAGAGGGACAGGGGAGGCCUGCCUCAGAUGGGGCAUCAGGUGCGGAAACUGAAAAAGUGCAUGGAAGUUGCAGGGUUUUGGGGACUGUGUCCCUGCUGAAGAUGGAGGAGAAGUUUUCCUCUGGCCAGUAUCAGGGGAUUGGGGACUUUGUGGCGGAUUUCAAAGCAAUGUUGGAAGGUUGCUACCAGUUGCAUGGGGUUGACCACUGGCUCUCCAAGCAAGCCCAUAAACUGGAGUUGAUGUUGGAGCAGAAGCUAUCCCUGCUGUCCCGCAAUUCGAGAGACAAAACCUUGCUAGUUUUAACGUCGAAAGACCAAUGUGGGCUUGAGGAUAAAAAAGAAGCCACCUGUACAUCAACUAGAAGGAGAUCCACAACAAGAAGCUUGUCCAGUGUAAACACUGGGGCAGUGAAGUCUCUAAUGGUGCAUAUCCUAAGACAGAUAGAGCUUCUGAGGGCAAAAGAAGAAAAAAGGCUUAAAGAGCAAGAAAAAAGAGAAGCCGAAGAAGCAAGUCUAAAAGAAGUGGAAGAAUGGGACAAAAGGCUUUUGGCAUUCGCUGAGCCUUCAUGCAUGGAGACCAUGUGGGAAAUACCAGCAAUUGGUCAUUUUCUUUGCUUAGCACAACAAAUUUUAAACUUGCCUGAAAUCGUUUUCUAUGAACUGGAACGUUGUUUAUUGAUGCCUCAGUGCAAUGUAUUUCUUUCAAAGAUAAUGUCGUCUUUGUUAAGCCCUCCACAUCGCAGAACAACUUUACACCGCAGACCUAAUCUCCCAUACCGGGCUUGGGAAGCAGCUCUUAGGCAGAAGGUGCAACAGUGGUAUACCAUCAUAGGUCAGGCUGAGAAUCCUGAUCGGUGUGCUGAGAAACUUGGACUCUGUGCUCAGUUUUUUCAGGUCCUUGGCGAAGUUAGUCCACUUGAAGAGAAGGCAUUUCACGAGCUGCCAUUUCAACAGAAGGUUUGGCUACUGAAGGGUCUCUGUGACUUUGUAUAUGAGACUCAGAAUGAAGUCCAAGAUGCAGUGCUUGCACAACCUAUUCAUGAAUGUAGAGAGGUAAUUUUGGGUUAUGACGCCCAGGAAAAUGCAUACAUUCAUUUUCCUCAGUUUUGUGGAGCUGAUGUCAGGGUGUACAAACAGAAACCAUUUCGAGCUCCGCAGUUUCCAGUUCCACCCAUUCAUAUAAAAAGGACACCAAAAAUAAAGCCAGAUAAAACCAAAAAUAAGAACUCAAACAAAAGUAAUGGAGAGCUUAGGUCUACAAGGUGCAAAUCUCCAAGCCCUGGGGAUGACCCAGAGCAUUAUUGUGAGCAUCAUGAGGACCAUUAUACAAAAUGUAACGAUGAGAACUACAGUAGUAGUACUGAGCAGGACGUGUCGUCAGCCUGUGAGAUCGAUAUUCAGAGGCCGUGUAAAACUAUACAAACUGGAUGUUGCAAAGAAAAUAUGGAAAAACCUGUUAGCCCAGGAGAACUUGUUGGUUUUGGGGAACCUCUAAGCCCAGGAGAAAUAAGGAUUCUUGAAAAUGUAGAUAAAUAUGAAGAAACAAACAUUGUCAAACAGGAGAGCAGUCCUUUAAAAGAAAAUGCCCUUAAAACAUGCAAGGUCAAUGUCAACGGAAGCCACAAUGAUGGUCCUGAUUUUGUUUGCCAUCGGGGGGCAGUAGACACUAUCUUAGAUCACUCUUCACCGAACCACAAGAAACAAAAGCUCAGGAGGAUGCGGGCAAAAAAGAAAAAAAAGAAGAAGAAAUUGAAAACUAAUGUAAAUGAAAAUCUGCAGGGUAAAUGUGAGAGUCUGCAACUACACACACUCAAAUCUAUUAAGACUGAAAUUCAAAGUAAGUUGUACAUUAUGAAGAAGAGAGUGAAGCACAAGAAGCACAAAUCUGGAAAAAAAGCUAUCUCCAAGAGGACAGUAGAAAAGAAGAGGACAGUUAUUCCGACUGCUCCAGAAUUCCAGCUUGUAUGUACCAAUCUUGAUGAACUCAGGGAAUUGAUCAAGAAAAUAGAUGGAGAGCUUAAAGGCUUGGAGAAUAACAAAAAGAAAUCUGAAAAGUGGCACUUCAAGAGACAAGGUGUGAAGGAACUACAUAGUACCUUGGUACGUCUGUUAAAUGAAUUGCUCCCGUGGGAACCAAAGCUCGUCAAAGCGUUUCAAAGAAACAGAGCCAGACUGAAAAAGGAUUACGAUGAUUUUAAAAAGCUUCCAGAUUAUGAACAUUUCAUAAGGGAAUCCAGUUUUCAAGAAGAAUCUCAGACAAAGGAAUCUCCAAACUCUGUUACAAAUACUGAAAUACUCCAGCAGGAGGCUUUGACACAGGACUGCAUUGAGAAGUCGCCGAAGACAGAGAUGGAAGUUUCUUUAAAGGGAAGAUCACCUAAAAAAGAUUCAAUUACAAAAGAUUUGCUGAAGUCCCCUCCUAGAACAUGUAAGCGCCAGUACAAACAAUGCAUGUAUGCAGAUAAUGAACCAAGAGAGGCUUUGCCAAGAAAAAAAGUAAAGUUUAGCUCACAAGAGUCUGUGUGUAAGUCCAUGGAAAGUGUAAGUACACGGUCAAAUACCUGCUGCAGCUCAACAGACCACAAAGAGAGGGAGUCGGAAGCCCCACUUGUACUACAAGGCUCUCCUCCUGCACCUUUAGCUGGUCAUGGGACCAAACCUAUCCAAGCAUUGCUUGCAAAAGAUAUAGGGAACAAAGUGGCCUUAACAAGUCAGCUGGCUCAAUCCAGCAGUAAAAAUAUAUUUUUUCCUGAAAGUUCAGGAUUGUUGCCCUCAGAGUUGGGUCAGACGAAGCCCCAACUUUGUAGCCAAACCACUUCAAAGGCUCCACUGCAAAUGAUUUACAAGCUGCCGGAUGGACAAUGCCUCCCCAUUGAUUUGCAGAAUUCACCUGUAAGAAUUCAGAUGCAGCCUGUGAUUGAUUCAAAAACUGGAGAUAAACUAAUGCAGCAAGUUCUCUGUUUGCCUAAAAAUCUUUUUGUACAGCACAAAGAUGGACAAAAUACUACAUUGCAAAGUCACCUAAUCCAACCUAAUACAAUGGGACAACACUGUAUAACAAAUGUGCCACCUUCAUCCGUUCCCUUCAAAGAUUUCGUCACUCCAGCAACAACUACACACCACACAUCAUCGCUUUGUAAGAAGAGUGUGAUUCAGUUGGCAAAGUCUCCAAACCUUGUUACGUCACUACCAUCUCUAUCAACAGAACAGCUGAAAACAUCGCAAAGCAACAGCUCUGUGUUAGCAGCCAAUAGCCCAAACACAAUGAUGCCAUCUGUUAUUUCACUACCAGUUCAGGCUGACCGUGGAAACUUACCACCGGGUAGAGGCAAUAACACAUUGGUUGAUAACAUGGCGAACGCCGCUACCACACUUAAUAAGGAUCUAUUGGAAACAAAGCAAGAACUGAAAACUGUGUGCAUUAGAGACUCUCAGUCCAUUCUUGUGAGGACACGAGGUGGCAACACCGGUGUUGUUAAAGUGCAAACAAACCAAGACCAGAGUCCUUCUGUGAUAAGUCCCGUUUUUUCUUUCACAACACAACCACAGCCAUUCUUAGUGUCAAAAUCUAAAACAUCUUCAUCCUCCACAUUUACAUCUAUAAGUCCAUCUACCACUGCCCCUCUUUUGCUGCCUUGCUUCCAUUCUUCCCAAGGACUCUCAACCCCGCCAGUUAUUCCACAUUCUAGCAGUGUAACAAAAGACACAGACUCCAACAUUACAUCUUCUAAGAUCCAUCUUCCAAACAGUGAAAUGACAUGCCAAGUUCCAGAUAACAUAGGGCAACCAUCUCAUCUUCUAACCACCGCAUCAACAACAAAAUCUUGGCUGCCAUCAGACAUUCAGGGUAAGGUGAAUAUCACGACUGGUUUUACUAGCACUGUAUUUUGCAAUAGUAUACGACAAGGUAAUGUCAUUGUUACACAAGCUAUGGCAGGCACAAAACAGACUGAACCCAAGGCUAGUGACAUAUCUGUGGCACAGCCAGACAGUACUACCACAACGGACUCUGAACUCAUAAAUGCACCUUCACUCCAAAAGCUCAUGUUGGUUGCAGCACCUCCUAUUCUCUCACCUGGCAGUUCACCUAAAAUGAGUUUGUUGACUGCACCAACAUCAUCUGGUCUGCCUUCUCAAAAGCUUCUGUUCAUUAAUGCUCAAAUUCCUGCUGGCCCACCUAAUUCUGGUUUAACACUGCAAACCACCAAGCAAGCAUCCACUCCUGUAAUUGGGAAAACGUUUGUUAAAACAGCUGAGCAACCACAGCUUAUUUUAAUUCCAUCCAACAUGGCAUCCGCUGUAAAAGUGAAUUCUGCAUCUACUUUGUCAUCUUGUGUAAAAAUGAAUUCUGCGCCUAUUGUUUCUCAAGUUAAAGAUGUUAAAAUUGGGCUUACUAUAGGCCAGACUUUUGUUAAUAGCAGUGUUGCUGAAAAACAUAUCUUGCCCAUUAAUGUUCUGCAAAACACAUUGAGCAAAGGAGAGGGAAGCCUGCAGAGUUUUGCAGUGCCUGGAGCACCGAAUAUAAAUCAAGUUCAGACUACUGGACAGUGUGUGGGUAUUGGUGGUGACUGCAUGGUAACCAAGUCAAAGGAUGUUGCUGCUUCUGCUAAAGUACCAUCUACCGGUUCUGUCGGAACACUGUGUACAACAUUGGGUAUAAAUAGUAAUAACACACCAAGGUGUGUACCAGCUUUCUCUAAUAGACCGAAUUCUGCAACUGUUGGAAACACUGUAGCUAUAUCCACUGUAAAAACAGGGCAUCUUUCUUCAUCUGUCCUGCUCUCCACUACAAUGUCUGGGCGAGUAAAUAGUGUAUUGUCACCUGUGUCGAUGGCAUACACGUCCCUUGGGGUCUCUCCAAAGGUGGCAACUCCUGCUGUUGGAACGCAACCAGCACCAAAAGGCAUUACUGAGAAGGUUCAGUUUCCAUCAACUAAGUUCACAGAUCCAUUGGCAAUAAAUGUUAUGAAGCCACAAGCAAUACAGACUCCGCUUUUGAUGCCUACAGUAGCUAAAGUAGGACCAGCUCAUAGUGGGCCUCAAGGACCCUCUCAUGUUUUACAAACAGUUUACCAGCCAAAAGCACAGUUAAGCGACUCAAACAUUCACCAGAAAAUUGUUCUCAACACCAGCACGCCUCUGGCACCUGGAACUCAGAUCACAAUUAAUGGAACUCGUUUUAUUGUCCCACCUCAAGGACUUGGAGUAGGGAGUCAUAUCCUUCUUAUAUCUACUAAUGCGAAGCAAGGGCAUUCUUUGGCCGGUAACUGCGCAGUUUUCUCAAAAUAAUACCACAGCACAAAGCACUCAGUUGAAGCAAAGUGUUCCUUUAUUGCAUCCCACAAGUCAAUCUUUUAGUUUGCAAAAGCAGAAUACUUCUUGUGGCACAAAUCCUGCACCACACACUGCAAACACAGCACCAAAAGACUUUUCCAUAUCGCACGGAUCCGCUGUAGACAGGUCUGAAUUAACAUGCCCUCAGCCUCCAGCUGGACUUCAGCCACUACUUGUCCAUACUAUACAGGGAGGUAGCCUUUACCAGCCAAACAAGAAUUCACAGCUUCCUAGUGAUAUUCCAGAUAAUGGUGGAGGCAGUUUAAAUGCCAUAAACUCUGCGUUGAACAAGGUACCGUCAGAUCCAGUCAUUUCUCCCAGUGUGCAAGACCUUGGUGAAAGAUAAACCAUGCGCAUUCGCAUCUUAAAUACACCAGCUUC